AUGGGUAUUCUCUCAGCAGUGCACCUGAAGAAAAUGAAGCAACCAAUGAAGAAAGGCAGUAGCAAAAGGAAGCAAGUUUUGAAGAAAGUUUUUGAUUAUCUCAUGUCUGACACUUUUAUGUUUGCACCUUUGUGUACUUCCCCUUUCUAUGGUCAGUAUUCUUUUCCAGGAGGAAUUAAUGGGGAAGAUAAACCCUUGGAGGGAAAUGACAAGAAGAACCUCCAUUUGGUUACUAAAAUUGGGGAUUAUUUGAAGGCUGAUACCUACAUGUAUGCUCCCUUGCUUAUUUCCCAAAGGGAUGUGCUUCUAUCUAAAGGACCAGAAGAAGAGAUGGACAGAAAAAGAUCUUUUGAUGUGAUAAAAGGAGGGACGGAUGAAGCUGGUAGGAAGACGGUUAGUGUGGUUAGCAAAGAUCACAACAUGGAUACUAUGGUCACCCGUACUCGGCUGCGUAGAGAGACUCUGAAGCACAUGAUCUAUCAAAACUGCUGACCUUUAUUUCCCCAGUUACGUCCUCAGGCAGAGUCCGUGGAAACAUAACCAAGCAAGCUUGUAGAUGAAGAUGUUCUUGUGUAAUGGUGGGUGGUGCUGCUUCUUAGCUAAUCAGACUCGAGAUUGUUUCAUCUCCCUAGAUAGUUGAGUUUUGCUUGUAGUACGAUAAUUAGGUUGGUAUGCUUGUUUUAUGUGUAAUUUAGGUUUGGACAGUUCAUGACUAUUGCAUACAAAGUGAUAGGAUAACAAGGAACAUACGUCAGUUUUAUAUCACUUAGGUUCAUGGCUAACGUAUACAUCGUCUUGCAGCUAAUCAAUAUUGUACAAAAUCAAAUAUAAGCUUUUAUAGCUUCA